UGACUGUAGGCCUCGAAGAGCUCUUCCUUGGGGAACACUUCCCGGGCUCACGAAGGCACGCACCGCUCCGAAUCGCCCGCAAGUGGUCUCCAACUUCCUACUUGACACCGGGUCGAUCCAGUAUCGUAGUGAGCAUGAACGCCGCAGCUACUCGGGAGUUUCUGAAACGAACUAUCAAAACAACGAGUGUGCUUCUUCUAUCGAAAGCGGAUUGCCCCCGAUGUCAGAAAGUGGAGUCUCUCUUCAAUCACUACCAGACUAAGCCGAAGAUCGUGCACGUCGACUCGCGAUAUGAUGAACAAUUGAUCUACGACUCGAUCAGGAGAAUGACGGGCUCCUCAGAUCUUCCGAAAUUGUUCAUCGGAGGAUCGUUCUUCGGAAGCUCAGAGGAGAUUGAAGCCCUUCACAAGGAAGGGGUUCUGUCGGAUCUCGUGACCAAAGCUAGCGCUUAUUCCGUCAAGCACGUCCUCGUGUGAUUUUGAGUGAUUCUACGUUAUUCUCGCUGUAUCGAUCGACGCUCCGGCGGCUGUCGCGGAGCACUGCUCAACUAUUGCCCUUGCACUCCGUCAACCCUUCCGAAUCGCCGGGCGGGUGGGACUGCUGCGGAGCCUCGGUUUCCUGCUCCCUGUCGAUCGCUUGAGCUGAUGAUUCCUGCGGAGCACCGGUUCCUCCAACCCCUG